ACACAUGAGUUCUUCCCUCACGUUGACGUCUGUAAUUCCGUCUUCGUCCUCCAGUCCAGCAGAGGUCGCUGUUCGCUCACCGUCGUCGACGCGGAACUCUCUCUCUGUUUACUUCCCUCGGUGUCUCUGUGUCUUUUGUCCGCAGUGAGAGACAAACAGCGGUAAAAUGUGCGGCGUGCAGCAGCUGCGGCUGUCGGUACAUGCGCGGAUCAGCGCUGCCGCUGAAGACUUUCUGCUGCAGGUGGACAAAGAAGAAGAAACGGCUCCGGUCCCGGCGCUGAGAGCGCUGCUCACCGAGCGACUCGCGGCGGCGGCGGAGGAGAUCGUCGCUCUGUUUGAGGAAACCGUGGCGGAGUACGAAGACCGAGUGGAGCGGUCAGAGCGGGAGAUCCAGAGCCAGAGGAGGCUGCUCGAUGCCGUGCUGAAGCCCGAGGUCAGGCUGCUGCACACAGCAGUGUGUCCUGCAGAUGUGCAGCAUAGGUGGCGCCCCCCUGUGGACCAGGACGACCUCGAGUGUCCGCGCAUUAAAGAGGAGGAGGAGGACGAUGAUGUCACUGCUGUCUCUGUGAAAAAUGAAGAGGAAGAAGAGAAACUUGAGUCUUCACAGCUUCAAGAUCAGAGUCAGACACAGGAGAACAGAGAGGACUCUGGAGAACCAGAACCAACCAGGAACUCAGGUCCAGAUCCAGUGAGUGAAGAUAAUUUUCAUGAUUCAACAGAAACUGAAGACAGCGACUGUGAUUGGACGCAAGCAAACGCAGCUGAGUCUGGUGUGGAGGUUAAAAACAGUGAAGCUUCUGAAACGGAUCCUGGAACGUCGGCUCAGGAGAAACCGUUCUCCUGCUCCUACUGCGCUAAACGCUUCAGCCUCAAGGGGAACCUCAACAGACACAUGAGAGACCACACCGGAGAGAGACCGUUCCCCUGCACAGGCUGCCACAAAACCUUCAAAGACAGCGGCUCGCUCACAGCGCACAUGAGGUGUCACACCGGAGAGCAGCCGUACAGCUGCUUAUUCUGCGGGAAGAACUUCAGUGGGAGGGGAAACAUGACGCGGCACAUGAGAAUCCACACGGGAGAGAAACCCUUCAGCUGCUCCGUGUGUAACAAACGUUUUCACGUGAAAGAACAUCUCAGCAGACACAUGAAGUACCACACGGGGGAGAAACCCUUCAGCUGCUCCGUCUGCGGGAAAGCUUGUGCUCAGAAAACAGACCUGAAGAAACACAUGAGGGUCCACACGGGAGAGAAACCCUUCCACUGUCCGUUCUGUGAGAAGCGCUGCGCUGAGAAAGGAGACCUGACCAAACACAUGCGAGUUCACACGGGGGAGAAACCGUUCAGCUGCAGCGUGUGCGGGAAACGCUGCGCUCAGAAGGGAAGCCUGAAGAUCCACAUGAGGAUCCACACCGGAGAGAAACCCUUCAGCUGCUCCGUCUGCGGCAAACGCUUCACCGUCACCGGACAUUUGAAGAGACACAUGAAGCUUCACGCUCAGGCGACCGCGCCGGGCAAAGGUCAACAGGAAGUAGAUGCUGAUGAGUCAUGAACGUUCAAAUUCAGUUCAAAUGUCUUAUUUUGUCACUUCAGUGUUAGAAAUCCAACGUUCAGAUUGACCUCAGUGACACAAAGUGACCACACGAGGCAGCAGAGGACCAGUAGCUCCUGGACUUUGGUGUG